AUGAAAGGAGACACGCAUCAUAUGUCGCAUUCCCCCCAGUUUCCCCUGCAUCUCCCCAACAUCUCCAUCAGCAAGCGCAAUGACAGACAGCACCAGCGACCAAUCAGCGACCGCACGCCUCCUCAAACCCGACAAUCAGAGGCGUGUGGGGGCAGGACAGCUGGGCUCAUAAGCCGGAGCGCUGCCUGGCUUCACAGUCGGCACACACAGCCCUCUCCCGUCCCAUUGGCGCAGGUGAACCGUGUCAGGAUGCGAGAGGAGCGCGGAGGAGAGGGGAACAGAGAGGGACAGCGCCUGGGCCAGACUGGAUACCGGCCCUCUACACUCCGUCCCGGGGCAAUGAGAGAUCCACCGAAAGCGUAG